AUGACCAUGAUGGCAUUUGGGCUGUCCAUUUCCAGAGGUACCUCUGUUACCGCCUUUUCCUUUGCCGCAUUCUCACGUGCCCCCACUACGGCUGCCCGUCGACAAUUCUCAACCUUUGGAUACCGCCGGACUGGAGCCCUCCAAAGCACCAUGGAGGCUGUGGCUGAUUUAACCAAGUCCAUGGGAGUCGAGCAUCCUGCAUACGAGAUUGUUAAGAAUGAUUUGGUAGAAGAGUAUGGUGCUGCAACCACUCUGUACCGUCAUAAGAAGUCUGGAGCUGAAUUGUUGAGCGUGUCCACUGAUGACGACAACAAGGUCUUUGGAAUCACUUUCCGUACUCCUCCAGAAGAUUCUACAGGUGUUCCUCACAUUCUUGAACAUUCUGUUCUCUGUGGAAGUCGAAAGUACAAGACCAAGGAUCCAUUCGUCCAACUUCUUCAAGGAUCCUUGCAAACAUUUUUGAAUGCAUUCACUUAUCCAGAUCGUACUUGUUACGUCGUUGCAAGUCAAAACGAGAAGGACUUUUACAACUUGAUCAAUGUUUACGCUGAUGCCGUUUUCCAUCCACGAGCAAUCAACGAUCCCAAUGUCCAUGCACAAGAAGGAUGGCACUUGGAGCUUGAGAACAAGGAAGACCCAUUGAUUUACAAAGGUGUCGUUUACAACGAAAUGAAGGGAGUUUACUCUUCCUCUGAUUCUCGUCUUAGUAGAGCAUCCCAGCGAUCCAUCUUCCCCGACACUACAUACGGCGUUGACAGUGGCGGUGACCCAAAGGUGAUCCCCGAACUUUCCUUCGAACAAUUCGCUGACUUCCACGCCAAGUUUUACCACCCAACAAACUCUCGAAUCUACUUCUCUGGAGACGACGAUGUCUAUGCCCGCCUUGAUAUCAUGGAUGAAUACUUGAAGGACUUUGAUGUCUCGCCUGAAAGCAAACCUGGAAGUGUCAUCGAUUGGCAACCUAAGGUAUUCAGCGAGCCACAAAGGAUUGUCGAGGCAUACCCAAUUGGUGAGGAUCAACCUGAAACAAACAUGGUCAACAUCAACUGGUUGAUGAAUGACAAGCCCUUCACACCCGCGGAGGAAAUGGCUGUUGGCAUCUUGGAUCACUUGCUCAUGGGAACCACAUCGUCAAUCCUCCGAAAGACUCUUACAGAGAGUGGACUUGGAGAGUCAAUCACUGGCGGUGGUCUUUCAGACGAACUUUUGCAAGCUACCUUCUCUGUUGGACUCAAGGGAGUCAAGGAAGAGGAUGUCGCCAAGGUUGAGGAACUUAUCCUUAGCACUCUCGAGAAGGUCUCUGAAGAAGGAUUCGAAUCCGAAGCCAUUGCCUCGUCCAUGAACACUAUUGAAUUCCAAAUGCGCGAGUUCAACACUGGAUCCUUCCCCAAGGGUCUCAGUUUCAUGCUGGGAGCCAUGUCCAAAUGGUUGUAUGACCAGUCACCAACCGAAGCCCUCAAGUUCGAGGAACCACUUGCUGAAUUGAAGGCAAGAAUCGAAUCGUCCGGAUCAGAGGUCUUCCAAGAGUUGAUCAAGAAGUACUUGGUAUCCAACACCCACCGUACCACUGUUGAAAUGAGACCAUCAAAGAGUUUGGAAACUGCAGAACUGGAGGAGGAAAAGUCUCGCCUUGCAGCCAUCAAGGAGAGCAUGAGUGACGAAGACCUUGAAGAGGUAAUCCGGAAGACUCAAGUGUUGAAGAAGUUGCAAGCAACUGAAGAUUCACCAGAGGCACGAGCUACUGUUCCAGCAUUGGAACUUGAAGACCUCAAACGCGAAACCACCGAAUUUCCCAUUGCCGUCACCGAGAGCGAGAAUGACUCUGGUGUUACAGUUAUCCGUCACGAACUCGGUUCAACAUCGGGCAUUGCUUAUGUCAAAUUGGGCGUUGAUCUCUCUGGAUUGGAUGUCGAAGAUAUUUCAUUGCUUCCAUUGUUCUCCAGAGUUAUGAUGGAAACCGGUGCUGGAGACUUCGAUCAAGUGGAGUUGUCCCGAAAGAUUGGAACUCACACUGGAGGAAUCAGUGUCAGCGUUUUGACCACCGCUGUCCACCCAGACGGAUCCGAUGAAAGCGAUAUCUUGGACGGAAACUACUUGCAAACUAAGCUUAUCAUGAGCGGAAAGGCAACCAGCGACAAGACGACUGAAUUGUUCGAUCUCAUGAAGAUGAUCUUGACAGAUGCCCGUCUGGAUUCUCAAUCACGUGUGAUUGAAAUGCUGAAGGAGAGCAAGUCUAGAAGAGAAUCUGCAAUUAUCGGAAGUGGACACUCUGCAAUCAAUACUCGUAUGAAGGCUCGAUACCGUGUUGGCGGCUACGUUGACGAAAUGAUGGGAGGCAUCAGUCAAUUGGAGACGUUGAAAGAACUCCUGAAGCAGGCCGAGGAAGACUGGCCAACUUUGCUAGCUCGAUUGGAACGCAUCCGAAACACAAUUCUUGACCAAGAAUCAUGCCGAAGUGGAAUGUUCUUUGAUAUUACCGGUGAUACAUCUGUGCAAUCCAAGAUUGAGGACAGCGUCCACAAGUUCCUUGACGAACUCCCAGGUGAUGCCAACGGCAAGAAGCUCCAAAACUUUUACAAGGAACAACACCCAUGGGUUGAGCCAAUCAAGAAGCUCAUGGCUGAAUUGGCACCGAUCGAAGAUGAAGGAUUCAUUGUUCCAACACAAGUUUCCUACGUCGGAAAGUCAGGCCUUGCCUACGAAGAGGGUGAACAAGCGAGUGGAGCCGCUCAAGUUGUCGCUCGCUUUUUGCGAACCGGAUAUUUGUGGGACCGUGUCCGGGUGAUGGGUGGUGCCUACGGAGGUUUCUGCACCUUUUCACCGUACUCUGGGUUCUUCUCCUACCUGUCCUACCGUGAUCCUAACCUAUCUAAGACUCUUGAUGUUUACGAUGAAGCCGCAGACGCUGUGAUUGCGGCUGCUGAACAACUCAAGAAGGACCCCGAUGCAUUGUCGCAAGCCAUCAUCGGUACUAUCGGGGAUAUGGAUGGAGCUAUGAGCCCAGACCAAAAGGGAUACACUUCACUUACAAGAUGGCUGGUUAAUGAAAGCGCGGAAUAUAGACAGAAGUUCCGUGAUCAAAUUUUGGAUACCAAGCCUGAGGACUUCCGAGAAUUCGGUGAGAGACUCAAGAACUUGAAGCAAUCAUCUGUCGCUGUUGUGAGCUCCAAGGGUGAAUUCGACAAAGCCAAGGAAGACGGCAAGGUGAUGAAAAUGAAGAAUAUCGUUUAA